AUGUCUUUUCCAGGUGGCCUCUAUAUUCUCAGAGCCUCUCCUGCUGCCGGAAUCGGUGGUUUGUAUGCCACUGGAAACAGUGUUGAUGCCGUUGUGACCGUCGCGCCACAGUUGCCACCGUUCAUUGAGCGUCAGUGGAAUAUCCGACCCGUCUUUGGCAAGGAAGGCGGAUACUACAACAUCAGUCUCCACAGUGAUGGAAGUGCUUUUGGAGGAGAUUGGUUCCCAGAGGACGGAAAACCAAUUCCUGAGCGCCCCGUCAUUACUUCAGAAAAGUCUUACGAAUGCAUUCAAGCACCUAAUCCCCGUGUCGGCGUGGACUUUUAUGCUGGAACUAAUGAUAAAGAACACGUUGUCAUCAUACCUGUUCCCGUCAUUCCAGAUGCAGAGGCACCUUACUGGCAAUUCAAGCCCCACCUUCCGUUUGUCGAAAUUUGUGGCAAUUUCCCUAUUAGUAGUUCACACUCUUCCCACCGUUCCCCACUCUUUGCGCGACCAACCAUGCUCUGGUAA